AUGGACCACGAAUGUAAACUGCUGGAGUUCGGCCACCCACCUAGCGAUCUUUCCUCUAGGCUCUGCGAGGUUAAGGAUGUAAGUCAAGGCUUGAUGAUCCGUGAAGAGCGUGAAGCUCCUGCCAUCCAGGGCAAGGCGUUCGAGUGUGUAGUGUGCACCAUGACGUUCGGCAGGCGCCACUUCCUGGAGAAACACAUGCAGUGCAUACACAAGAUGGACAUGAGGUCGGCCUUCGAACAACACGCAGUCAUCUUCCUGGACGGCUCCGCUCAAGUUCAGCCUUCCGUACUCGAGCUUCAGGUGGAAACCAUCGUUGAUCCUCCACCUCCGCCGCCACCACCACCACCCAAGCCAGCACAGGUGCACCGGUGCCCUAUUUGCCGCAGGACGUUCAGUCUCCGCUACAACCUGCGCCGUCACAUGCGAACCCAGCACGGUCAGACGACCAACACCUGCCAGCAGUGCGGCAAGGGCUUCAAGCGAGUGUCCGGCUUGCGAACGCACGAGAUCGCGCACUCGAACGUUCGGCUGUACCAGUGCACCUUCUGCGGCCGCUGCUUCAGCCAGAAGCAUCACCUCAUGAGGCAUCACCUGGUGCACACGCCAAAGAUAAACAUCGUCUGCUCAGUCUGCCACAAGGGUUUCCGCUACGCGUCUACCUUCUUCGAACACAUGGCCAUCCACGACGCCGAAGAAGAGAUGAAGAAGAAAAGUGAGGAACUUAAGAACUCGCGACGAGAAGACGGAGAAGCAGACGGGGCCCUGAAGGAGGAAGACGUCGAAGACGUCGAGACGACCGCCAAUUCACUUCAUCAGCAGGAGCGCGCAGAAGACGAGGUCUUUAUCGUGCACACCAAGUUGACGUCACCUCAAAAACAGAAGCCAGCGUUUAGGGAGCAACAGCUUGCGCUUCAGGAGCAACGGAUGGCGCUUCAGGGGCGACAGGUGGCGCUCCAGGAGCAAGGAGUGACGCUUCAGGAGCGACAGGUGUCGCUUCGGGCGCAACAGAUGGUGCACCAGGAGCUACAAGUGGUGCACCAGGAGCAGCAGUGGCAGCGAGAGGACUACGUCGCCAUCGAGAACCUGGAUUUGAACUGCAUGUUCUGCGGCAGGUCGAUGCUCGAUCCGCACGACCUCUACCAGCACGUUCUGGAACACUGCCGCGAAACGUACGGUGCCGAUCGCGACGACUGCUGGGAAAUUGGGGCUGCGGAUGAGAUACUCGGUCUCUGA